AUGGAGCUAACUUUAGCGGAGCAGGAGAAUUCACUUUCUGUACUUGCAGAAAAGCUAAAAAGAACAACAGCAGAACUGGAUAAGCAAAAGCAAAUCACUUUUGAAAAAAUAAAAGAGCAUGAGAAACAAAAAUCCAAGCUUGAAAUAAGUCAUAGGAAUGAAGUAACAAAACUGAAAGAAGCAGCAACAGAACUUCGUAAUUUACUCUCAAAGGUCGACAAAGAGAUGCGCUAUUUAAAAGAUGAACUGGAGGCACAAAAAGAAAUAAAUGCCAGGACACCCCCUAUUUCAUUUCAGUCUUUGGUGGAAAGGCUUAAAAGUCAGUUAGCUGUUAAAGAAAAACAGCAAAAGGAGCUAAGUAAAGCAUUACAACAACUGAGAUCAGAAAUGACAGAAAUUGCAGAACAACAAAUAAUUGCAAAUGAAGCUCAAAAAAAAGAAAACCUUAAUAUUCAGCAACUGGUUGAUAAGCAGACUAUGAGGAUGAAGUUAUGCAUGGAUAACCUACAAGAACAGCUACAUACUGAGAGAGAGAACCUGGAAACAAGUAAAAAUGAAGAAAUCACAUUAAAAUCACAGAUGGAUGGCAUAAACAUAGAGCUGCAGAAAACUCAGAAGUAUUUAAGAAAAGCGGAUGCUGAAAGAACAGAUUUACUCAAACAAAAUGAAGAGUUAAAGGAGAAGAUUAAGAAGCUCAGUUACAACACACAGGUACAGUCCGAUACCAGAAGAAAACUGCAUGCUUUGGAGCAGCUGCAGAAAAAAGUGAGGACUUUAGAAGCUGAACUGGCAAGCAAAUGCACAUCGGUGCAUGUGGUUAAAAAAGCAGUGAAAGAAGAUACGGCACCGAAAGAGGAAGUAAUUCGAUGGGAAGAGGGCAAAAAAUGGCAAGCUAAAAUUGAAAUUGUGAGAAACAAGCUGAGAAGCAAAGAGAAGCAGGUGGAAUGUCUAAAAAAGCAGCUUUGUACUACGAAAGAUGAAUGUUCAAGCUUUGAUGUAACCCCUCCUAUGGAUGUAGCUUUUUAUAUUGGGGAACAAGGAAUAGUCACUCAGUGCAGGUCUGAAGAAUUGAAUGGGCUGGAAAAGGAAAAGACAGGCUUGCUGAAGAAAGUUCAUGCACGGGGAGCAGCUGUCUUUCAAGUAACAGAUACCUGUCCUACAGAAUGUGAAAAGAAGACAGAAGAGCUAAAAGAGAGGAUUUCUGAACUGGAGAAUGAAAUCAUUAAUAUGAAGGAAACAUGCGAUCUCACUAGAGAUUCUGCUCUGGAACGUUUAAAAAUUAAAAGUAGGUUUUUGGAAAAUAAGAUGCAUGCCUUAGAAAAGCAACUUGAAAAAGAAAAUCUUCCUAUGGCUACAGAAUCUCGCAAGGCAUAUCAUGAACUACAAAGGGAAAAUCUUAAACUCUGUUCAGAAAAUGUCGAGUUACAUUUUCAACUAGAGCAGGCAAAAAGGGAUUUGCCUAGAAUAAAGGACCAGGCUGAAUCUUUAAAAAUCAUGUGUGUACAUCUUAAAAAGGAGAAAAACAACCUUCAAAGGAAAACUGGAAAUGUUGCAAAAUCUGAAUACUAUGACAAAAGUGUCCCUGAACUUGAAAAAACAAUUGCCUUAAUGAAGAAGGUGGUUGAGAAGUUACAAAAAGAAAAUGGAGAACUGAAGGAAACUCUUUCUAGGAGGAAACUUAUCACGUUAGAAAAUGAGAAUGAAAAACUUAAGUCAGAUUUUGAAAACCUGAAGCUACACACGGAAAAACAGCUAAAUGCAAAAAAUGAGCCCGUAACAAAGGAAAUGCAUAAAAUCAUCACUGAAAAUGACGAGCUUUGUGAAGAGUUGAAAAGGGCAGAAGAAAGAGCACAAAAACUUACAGUAGAAAAUAAUGUCUUAGAAGUCAAGAAUGAAGAGUUAAAAAAGAAAUUAGGAGAAAUAAAUAAAGGGGCAACCUGUAGUGAUGAAAGAAAGACCUGUCCACCCAAAACGGGCAUAAUGGCGUAG